CCAUUAAAAUAGAUCGCUGAUGAGACCCGUCAUCCGACAGCAGUGAAACAUACGGCAGUUCAAUUUGAACUACCUCCGAAGCUGAAGAAAAGUGUAGUGGUCGACGAUCAAUCACUACGCCUCAACUGCAUAAUAGCAUCUGCCAUGGACAACAGAAACGUCGUCGUCUGUGACAAUGGCACUGGGUAUGUCAAGUGUGGAUUUGCUGGAGAGAAUUUUCCCACCUCUGUAUUCCCUUGUGUGGUGGGGAGGCCUAUGCUACGGUAUGAAGAAUCUCUCAUGGAAGAACAGUUGAAGGAUAUUGUAGUUGGAGAAGCUUGCGCUGACUUGAGGCAUCAACUGGAUAUAUCUUAUCCUGUUAACAAUGGAAUAAUUCAGAACUGGGAUGACAUGGGUCAUGUGUGGGACCAUGCAUUUUUCAAUGAACUUAAAAUAGACCCAACAGAAUGUAAGAUUUUACUCACAGACCCACCUCUUAAUCCCUCAAAGAAUCGUGAAAAAAUGGUUGAGACCAUGUUUGAGAAAUACAACUUUGCCGGUGUCUUCAUUCAAAUCCAGGCUGUUUUAACGUUGUAUGCCCAAGGUUUACUGACGGGAUUGGUCAUCGACUCCGGGGAUGGUGUCACUCAUGUGGUCCCUGUUGUUGAUGGCUACUCAUUUCCUCAUCUGACUAAGCGAAUGAAUGUAGCUGGUCGGCACAUUACUUCCUAUCUUGUUGAUUUACUUUCACGGAGAGGGUAUGCAAUGAAUAGGACUGCUGAUUUUGAGACUGUAAGGGAAAUCAAAGAAAAACUAUGCUAUAUAAGUUAUGAUUACAAAAGGGAGUAUCAAUUGGGACUUGAGACCACAAUCCUUGUUAAGAAUUACACUCUUCCAGAUGGAAGGGUGAUAAAAGUAGGCACUGAGCGGUUCCAGGCACCUGAGGCUCUUUUUACACCAGAACUUAUAGAUGUUGAAGGUGAUGGAAUGGCUGAUAUGGUUUUUCGCUGCAUCCAGGAAAUGGAUAUUGACAACCGAAUGAUGCUGUACCAGCACAUAGUAUUAAGUGGAGGGAGCACCAUGUAUCCUGGUUUACCUAGUCGCCUGGAGAAAGAAAUACUGGAUCGCUAUCUUGAAGUUGUUCUGAAGGGAAAUAAAGAUGGGUUAAAGAAGCUGCGAUUGCGGAUAGAAGAUCCACCACGGAGAAAGCAUAUGGUCUACCUAGGAGGUGCAGUUCUUGCUGGAAUUAUGAAGGAUGCUCCAGAGUUCUGGAUUAGCAGAGAUGAUUAUCUCGAAGAAGGAAUUGCUUGUCUGAACAAGUGCGGUUAAGAAUUGAGUUUUGUAAAUCUAUAAUGUAUCAAUAUUCUUCAAAAAGACAUGCGAACAUAUAUCAAGGGUGUUUGGACUAGUAAAAAGGGCAGGGGUAUACCAUGCCUGAAAUCUAUUUUUCCUGUUGAGUA